CUGCGCUUGCGCCCCACGAUUCAAAAUGGCGGACAGUGCGGAACUAAAGGUGAAAGAGAAAGAAGCUGCUAGAAGAGCAAAUGGUGAUGAGCCUCCGAGUCUCUGAGUUGCAAGUGCUUUUGGGUUACGCAGGAAGAAACAAACACGGCCGCAAACACGAACUCCUCACUAAAGCCCUUCACUUGCUCAAGGCUGGCUGCAGUCCUGCUGUCCAAAUGAAAAUCAAAGAACUUUACAGGAGGCGGUUCCCGCAAAAAAUAAUCACCUCUGCAGACUUGUCCAUCCCAAGCGUCCACUCAACGUCCAUGUCAUCCCCUUUGUCGUCCUCUACCAUUCCGCAACUGGCUUUUGAUGGCCCCCCAGCAACCUCGCCAUUGCUUCCUGUUUCUCUCCUGGGACCUAAACACGAACUGGACCUGCCCCAUCUGACCUCAGCACUCCACCCAGUCCACCCGGACAUAAAGCUUCAGAAGUUGCCAUUUUAUGACUUGUUGGAUGAACUGAUAAAACCAACCAGUCUAGCAUCAGAUAAUAGCCAGAGAUUUCGGGAAACCUGCUUUGCAUUUGCCCUGACUCCACAGCAAGUGCAGCAGAUCAGCAGUUCCAUGGAUAUUUCUGGAACCAAAUGUGAUUUCACUGUGCAGGUCCAGUUAAGGUUUUGCUUAUCUGAAACCAGUUGCCCACAAGAAGACCACUUCCCACCCAACCUUUGUGUGAAAGUUAACGGAAAACCAUGUAGCCUUCCUGGCUACCUUCCUCCAACUAAAAACGGGGUUGAACCAAAGCGACCAAGCAGACCAAUCAACAUUACUUCACUGGUGCGACUAUCCACAACAGUACCAAACACAAUUGUUGUCUCUUGGACUGCAGAAAUAGGAAGAUCUUAUUCGAUGGCCGUCUACCUUGUCAAGCAGCUGUCCUCAUCUGUGUUGCUACAGAGGCUACGAAUAAAAGGCAUAAGAAACCCUGACCAUUCGAGAGCGCUAAUCAAAGAGAAACUAACAGCAGAUCCUGACAGUGAAAUAGCAACCACCAGUUUAAGAGUUUCUCUUCUAUGCCCACUUGGCAAAAUGCGACUAGCAAUACCUUGCAGGUCUCUGACUUGCUCCCACCUUCAGUGUUUUGAUGCCACCUUGUACAUUCAGAUGAAUGAAAAGAAGCCCACUUGGGUGUGUCCUGUCUGUGACAAAAAAGCACCCUAUGAACACCUAAUAAUUGAUGGGUUGUUUAUGGAAAUUCUGAAAUACUGCACAGAUUGUGAUGAGAUUCAGUUUAAGGAAGAUGGGUCAUGGGCUCCUAUGAGGUCAAAAAAAGAGGCCCAAGAAGUGACAACAUCUUAUAAUGGUGUCGAAGGCUGCUUAAGUUCUUCUGUGGAUCAUCAGGUAUCUUCUCAUCAGUCCAACAAAAAUAAGAAGGUUGAAGUGAUCGACUUAACCAUUGACAGUUCAUCCGAUGAGGAGGAAGAGGAACCGCCUAUCAAGAGGAGAUGUCCAUCCCUGUCUCCUGUGUCACCCAUUAACAGCAAGAGCCUUUUAAGUCUGCCCAACCAAGUCUCUCCUGUUUCAAGAACUCCCAGCCUUCCAGCUGUUGACACAAGCUACAUCAACACAUCACUCCUGCAGGACUACAGGCAUCCCUUUCAUAUGACUCCCAUGCCUUACGACCUCCAAGGUUUGGACUUCUUUUCGUUCUUACCAGGAGACAAUCAGCAUUACAGCACUUCCAUUUUGGCGGCCGCUGCCGCCGCCGCCGUCUCCACUUCCGAUGAUCAAGAACUCUUGCACUCCCGGUUUUUCCCCUACACUUCGUCGCAGAUGUUCCUGGACCAGCUGAACUCCGGAGCGGGCGCCACCCUCCCCACCACGAAUGGCAGCAACAGCGGCAGCAACAGCAGCCUCGUCUCCUCCACCAGUAUGCGGGAGGCCCACAGCCACCCCGUGGCCAGCAGGGGCAGCACAGACCCGGCCUCUCUCUUCGGCGUCAUGCCGGACAUCAUUUCUUUGGACUGAGCUUCGGUUGAGGUGUCCCUGGACUCCGUGGGUGAAGAAGAGAUUUGCGAUUCUUUCGUUUGACCUUAUUUUUGUUUAGAAAUGCAGAUAAGCUUUUCCUUUUUUUGUAGGGGGAAAAAAAAAAAAGAGACGUGUACAGAGAACAAAGCUAUAUUUUCAGUUGUACUUUUGUAUAUAAACCUAAGAUGAUUGGACUGGUGAAAAACAAAACAAAACAAAAACGACAAAAGCUCCCAACAUAAUUGCUUGGGGUCUGGAAGACUUUUUCCCCUCCCGAUUUAUCUUGUGCGCUGGCGGGCUUGUUUUGAAGCUUUGACUCUGAACCAUAUAUAACUUUUCGUUUGUUCACAGCAGUGCUGACGGGGGAAAUGGUGCACUUGAAACACUGAACGUUAAUAGAGGACUUCUGGUUCUUGAGGAAACGGAACGGCAUCCACAAUAAUUGGAGAGAAUUUCUCCUUCCUUAAGGCUCCGUUGGGAAAGUUUGCCUGCACAUUUGCUUUGAAACAAAUGCAGUGUUUGCAAUUGAAUUGGACCUUCUUGCUUUUCUCUUCAUUUGUUUAUCCCCAAGUAGGACAGAGGCUGUUUGAGUUACCGAAAUUCCAUAGCGUUUUCUCGUGUGUCAGCUGGAUGUAGGUUUGGGAAAGUCUUUUGGCUGUUUGUUCUGAUGUGGACCCACAUUUUUUUUCUUUGGAUUGUGUGGAUUAGCUAGCACUGCCUUGGUUUGCUCAUAACUCAGAUUUCACAGUUCUCCUCUUCGCUAAUUGUUUGCCAUUAAAGGGUUAUUCCACUCAGUUGGAUGAGACCAAAUGGCUUCUUAAAAUCUAGGUGCCAGUGAGGGCACCCUUGGUUGAGGCAGUUGCUUGGCAUUACUGUGGCAAUUAAACUCUUUGUCUAGAGUUCUAAAGACAAAGAAAUUGGUGGAAUUUUUAGAACACGUUUACUAAAUAGAGCCAACCCAUCAAUAUUUAAGAGGAAUAAUGUAAUUUCAGUAAGCUUAUUGUGCAGUUGACAGUGUUAAUGGCCACCCUAUGCACCAAGGUCCAAUCCUAGAAAACAUUUUUUUUUUUUGGCUUGGGAAAAUGUGCCCUAUUGAAUUGAGUAGGAUUUAGCAAAACUAAUAUUUGAGUAAAUAAUCCCUAGGAUUGGGCUAAAGAGUGGCCCAUUAAAUUAUGACAAAAAGCCCUUCCGUUUGUAUUGCGGCUUAUUGGAAAAUAAAAAUCUGCAAGAUUAUUUGUUCCUCUUCUUUCCCAUCUUCUGAAGGAAGAUACGGGCCUCACCCUUUUAGCAUUUGCAAAUUCCAUACUGAGGGAUGAACGUUAAGUUAGAAAACUGUUUUUAUUUGGCUGAUUUUUUUAAAAAGCAUCUCCCCACCCC